UUAGUACUAUUCAUAUUUGUGUAUGAUCCAUUUGUGUGAGAUAAAUGUAAUUAAUAUAUUUGAAUCGUAACUUUCGGAGUAUGGUGGCGCUUUAACUGCUCUUACAUUUUCACAAAGAGGUUAUAACUUGAUGUCUACCCACAUAUAUAAGUAUUGACAUCGUGAAUUAUAUUCGUAGUAAGAAGUAUUGUUUGGUUUUAUAUAUUGUUAUAAGUUUUAAGUGAGUCAAGAUAGUAAUUUUGAACAAUAAUUAUGAAUGUGUUUUCAUUCAAGUAUAGAAAUAUAAUUUUGGGAAUAGCUGCAUCUGCUGUUGCGCAUUAUGCAAUUCUCACGCCACAUACUGUCUUUUUAAAUAAAUAUAGAUACAUAAUGGCUAGAUAUCAACUUGGCAAAGAAGUGCCAUUAGGUCCUAUAAUGCAGCAGAGAAUCCAAGAAGUAAUGGAAGAUUUAAAGCUACAUGAUGACGUAAAGAAUCUUAUAAAACCUUUUAGCGUAUUUGGUUUUGAUUUAUUUCAUGCUGGAACUCUUAAUACUAAAUACGGCGCAAUACUGGGAAUUCCUGUUAAUUUUACCAAUACAGCAGAGCAACUCCGUGAAAACUUGCAAAUCAAGGAAGAGCAAGUGGACUGGACGCGACAAGAUGCGAACACUUUCUUGAGUGCAUCAAUGCUCUCUGAGAAUGCACAAAAAUUCGCAAUUGCACAUGAAAUUCUGCAAAUUCUGGCAGAGGAGCCAUAUUAUAAUUCUAUCGAAUUGAUGCUGAUUGUAGCAGUAUUAUGGACCCUUUACAAUGCUAUCAUUUAUAGAUUUAAUUUACGUGAAAGAAAUGUGAUACUCUGUCGUUCACUUUAUUCAAGCUUUACUUUAUUUGGUGCAAUAUUUUGGUUUGGUAUUAAGGAUUAUCAAAGUUACCGUUUCGACAGAAAGACCGAUGAAGUUUUGUGUAAUUUAGGAACUGAAUAUAUUAAAGGUGGACAGGAAUUUUAUGAAAAGAUGUUAAUCAGAAACAGAGCUAUAAGAUCCCUUUUAGGGGAUGAAGGGAAAAAGUUAUACACCGCUUAUGGAAAUAAACAAAAUUUUUUGAGGCAGAAACAUGUACCGAUAUCUCACAAAAAGGAUUUUUACGAUUCGCGUUUACAAAAUUUGAAUUAAAAUAAAUUUUAAAUCUACAAUGA